AUGGCGGCGUCUCUACUACGGAAACCCGCCUCUUCAGACCUGCUCGGGGUCGGCUUGUUGUUGUUGUUAUUGGUGGUGCUGUGCGAUCGGAGCGUAGGAAAACCGCUGGAAGAAAGCACUGACAAGCGCAGCAACACCCCGAAACCUCCAGUGGUUCUCAUACCCGGGGACUUGGGAAACCAGUUAGAGGCAAGACUGAACAAAUCCACAGUGGUUCAUUAUAUGUGCUACAAGAAGACCGACUUCUUCACUCUGUGGCUCAACCUGGAGCAGAUGGUGCCUGUGAUCAUCGACUGUUGGAUUGACAACAUUAGGCUCAUCUACAACAGGACCACUCACACCAGCUCGUCCCCACCAGGAGUUGAAAUUCGUGUCCCUGGCUUUGGCCAGACAUACCCGUUGGAGUAUCUAGAUCCAAGCAAACGUCCUGUUGGCAUGUAUUUUUUUAAUAUUGUGCAGCAGCUUGUGGAGGGGGGUUACACCAGAGAUGAUGACAUCAGAGGAGCGCCUUAUGAUUGGAGGAGAGCUCCCAAUGAGAAUAAAGAUUAUUUCCUGAAGCUGCAGAACAUGAUUGAAGAGAUGGCGGAAAAGCCACAGAUCUGGAAAGACAAGUACAUCAAGGCUUUCAUUUCUCUGGGGGCCCCGUGGGCUGGAGUUGCCAAGACUCUGCGUGUGGUCGCUUCUGGUGAUAACAAUGCUAUCCCAGUCAUAAGGCCACUUAAAAUUCGAUCUCAGCAGCGCACGGCUGUGUCCACCUCAUGGCUCCUCCCAUACGCUCAUUCGUGGCCAAAAGAUAAGAUAUUUGUGCAGACUCCAACUUUUAACUACACAGUUAUGGAUUACCAGCGCUUUUACAAGGAUGUUGGAUUUGAGGAUGGGUGGUUUAUGCGGCAGGACACUGAGCCACUGGUCUCUGACCUGAAGCCUCCUGGUGUGGAGACUCACUGUCUUUACGGUUCUGGUGUCCCGACCCCGGAGAGCUUCCAUUACUCAAACAAGUUUCCGGAAGUGGAUCCUACUGUAUUGUACGGCGAUGGAGAUGGAACUGUGAACCUGAUUAGUGCUCUGCAGUGUAAAACAUGGCAAACAUCACAACCGUGGAUUAUAUCAAGAAAGUGCUGUUCUCACCCUGAAACACUUGUGGGGAAGAAAAGGGUUUGGAACCUGGGUUGA